AUAUUCGACUUGUUCGUUGAUUUAAGUGAAAAUGAAAGUCGCUCUAAUACUCGUUGUUGUUUUCUUUGCCUUCCAAAUGUCAUCGGUACUUUCAGCAAUUCUCGAUUCCUCCUUGAGCUCCAAUAAGCCUUUGCCAUUCAACUUCGAGAUAAAACCUUUACAUCAUCAUCAUCGUUGCAAGUGUGAAGAGGAGCACCAUUAUCACCACCACAAAUACAAGGAUCAUCACCACAAGCACGAUCAUGGUCAUGACCACGGUCACGAUCAUGGACACGAUCAUCAUCAUGGUCACCAUCAUCACCAUGAAGGCGGUUGGUGGUAAUCUCCA